AUGGAAGACUUGAAACCAGGACGCGUUUUUGUGUGGGGUAAAACCACUCGCAAUGAAACCGAAGGCACUCUCAAAGAGCCCACUGCUGUUCCAUACUUUUUUGAUGUUCCAGUUUUGAUGGCUGCUUGUGGAUUGGGUUUUACUGCAAUUUUGACAGAAAAGAGAGAAGUCUACACACUUGGUUCUCGAAGUUGGUACAUGACUGAUUAUGAACAUGAAGACGUGGAUGACACUAAAAACUCAUUGGUUCAUUGGCGAGAACUUUCCAACAAGGAUGUCAUUCAAAUAGUUUGUGGAUUGAAUUUUUGUGCUUGCCUGACACGAUCUGGAGAUAUUUACACAUGGGGAAGUGGAAUGUAUGGUCAAUUGGGACAUCGAGAAGAAAUUGUGAAUUCUUUUGAGGAAUUUAAAGUUCCCAAACCCACACGAAUCGAUCACUUUUCAAAUUGUAUUUUUAUUGCUGCUGGUGAAGAAUGUAUGGCUUGCAUCACACGUGAUAAACAUUUAUAUACUUGGGGUAAGAAUUUUUGUGGAAUGUUAGGUCACGGAGAUGAGAAGGAUGUCUUUGAACCCAAACGUGUCAUUGGAGUGACAAGCACUGGAAAAAAAUUCAAUGAUUCUGAAGACAAUCUUGAGAAUGAUGGAGUGGAUGACUUGGAAGAUGAUGUCAAUGAUUAUGAAUCUCUUGAAAAGGAAGAAAUUAUUCAUGUUGCUUGUGGACAAUCUCACAUGGCUUGUAUUACUGCAAAAAACGAAAUUUUCACAUGGGGCAACAACUUUUUAGGUCCAUUGGGAAGAAUUCUCGACAUGAAACAAGAAUCUGAUUUUUAUCCUCGUCUCGUCGAUUUGGUUCAAGUUGGAGAUCUCGUAACAGAGGAAAAUCUUAAACAAAGUGAUGAAGUUGAUUUUGUGGCGAUCGAAUGUCUCAAAUAUAAUACUUUGGCAUUGACUUCAGAUGGACGUUUGUUUAGUUGUGGUAAAGGCGGAUGUGACGGAGGAGGACAUGGUGAAGCUCCAAGAACUCUUUUAUGUGUCAUUCAAAAUGCAUUGGAAGGAAAGCGUGUGAAAUCCAUUGCCAAGAGUUCAUUUGCUACUCACACAGGUUGCAUUGUGUUGAAUAAUUCAGACGAUGAUACUUCCAUGAACAAGGGUGGACGUGAUGAAUUGUACAUUUGGGGAAAUAAUGAAGAUAACAAAUUAGGAAUUGCAGAGCUUAAUGAUGAAAGUUUGAGUAUUGAUGAAGCUUCUCUGUUGUAUCCUAAAAAGUUUCCAUUUCCAACCACGACUCGUGAAUGUUUUUACAUGUGCUGUGGAGAGACACACACUGCAGCAAUUUUGAAACCACAUCCAUCCGAUAAGAAUCCAAAUCCAGAAUUGACUUUGGAGAAAUUUGAAAAGGGAGAAACUCAUUUGGCUGCCACGAAUGCAUCCUCCCAAUCGAAUCAAACGAAAAAGGAAACUUCAAAAAUUGUGGAAGAAGAAUACGAUUCAGAAUCAGAUGACGACGAUGACGAUGAUGAUGAAGGAAAGGAUUCACAAGAGGAUGAAGAUUUUAUGAAUAAGGGUGAAAAGAAACCCUCAACGAAUACUACGAAUUCUACUACAUUGACAACAAGUGCUGGUACUACUAUGGUGACAGAUACAACUUCUCAAAAGAAGAAUGUGACCCAUUCACAAAUGACCACUACAACGACUGGUGUUAAAACGACCACUCGUGGCAAUGACAGCGAAGAUGAAGAUGCUGACGACGAGAAUGACACGAAUACCAAGAAAUCUCAAGUCACUUCAUCCCAAACGAACUCUCCAGCAACAUCUUCAUCACCAACGCCCACAAAAACAACUGGCACGACACAAAAAUCAAAAACUUCGACUCCCGUAAAAGAACUUCAUGGAUAUUUACAAAAGAAGGGAGAAAAAGGUUUUGUCAAGUUAUGGCGAAAACGUUGGUUUAAUUUGGAAGGAAAUUAUUUGUGUUAUUAUGAAAAAGAAGGAGGAAAAUCUAAGGGAGCUAUUGGAGUGGAUGAUAUUCUGGAUGUUCUUCCAGGUGCUACUCAAUAUGGAUUUAAUAUUUCAACCACUACUGGAAGAGUGUAUGAAUUACAAUGUACCAGCGAUCAAGAAUUGAAAUAUUGGACAACAGGUCUGCAAUCUCUCAUUAAAAAGAAGUAG